AUGUAUCCUGACUUUCUGUCUGAUCGUGCUGGUAGCGCUUUCUCCUGGGAGUCGAGUAAAUUCACUCUUGAAAACGGGCUUGGGCAUUCUGACUCUGUGUAUGUCGAUGAGAAACUGGUCCUUUCGAAAGUUUUUGCAAAUUCUAUGCGGCCCUCGAAUAUCAGGCCCUACUUUUAUCGUGCCAAAGGAUCCUUUGAAAAAGAUGACAUCACGAUUACGACGCUCAUCACCAGUAAUCGAUUCAAGGUCUUUGCCAGAUUAGUCGAGAAGUAUCGAGGUCCCAUUUCUGUCACUGUCCAUGUUAAGGAUGUUGCCGAGCACGUUGAAGCUGUAUUGGAGUCUCUGCGCGACAUGUACAUAUCGUCCCAAACGAUGAUGACUUUUGUAGAUGUACACUUGGUUGUCGACGCAUUCGAUCGCCAGUUUAACACCUGGCGAAAUAUUGCUCGUCUGUUCGCAAGAACCGACUUUGUGAUGAUGCUGGACAUUGACUUCUACCCUUGCACGGACUUUAGAUCGGUCAUUAGGCGUAGCUCAACAAUCUCAGAUAAGCUAUAUGCGGGAAGGGCUGCACUUGUGGUUCCUGCUUUUGAAUAUGUUGAUUUCCAUGAAGGCACCAAUUAUGCCGCGUUUCCGACCAAGAAAAUGGAUCUUCUUCAUUUAGUCAAUAAUCAUCGCAUCGACAUGUUCCAUGCUUCUUGGGCCCCUGGUCACAAUAGCACGGACUAUAAUCACUUCUACUCUGCCCCUUCCGGUGAGGUGUACAAAGUAACUCGUUACCAAUCAGCAUAUGAGCCUUAUGUUAUCUUCAAGAAGGAUGGGCCGCCAUGGUGUGAUGAGCGCUUCGUCGGAUAUGGAGGAAACAAGGCGGCUUGCCUUUUCGAGAUGUAUCUAGCUGGUGUCUCGUUUUAUGUACUCGCCGACCAUUUUAUCGUCCACCAGAACCAUCUAUAUGAAGAAAAUGCCCGCAAGAAUGAGCGCAGGCGAAAUCGUAAACUGUAUGCGGAUUUCAAGGAAGAGUCAUGUUUACGGUAUUUGAAAAGUUAUCAUGAUCUCAACAUGCUCCGCUCAGAUCUCGCGGAGAACGCAUUGGCUGAGUGCAGGAAGCUCAAGUCUGUCGUCCGAGCCGUCCCAAAGUACUUUCAAAGCCACACAGAAGGUGUUAUACCCUAA